UGAAACGACUACGAAUGGAGUGGUUUUGGAGGCUGAGGGGGAUCAUCAAGCCAUGACCGCGGAUCUGGACCAAUAAGAACAUCUCAAAAACACCAGUUCAAGCGUGGGACUAGAGCCAACCAAUCAGAACUAUAUGCCGUCGAACCACGAAACUUCCGCACUCAAUCGGCUCACGUCGCCCUCAAAAGUCGCUUGUCUCGCAACCUGCCACCGACGAUCGCAAUAUAUCAUCGAUAAUGUAGGACUGAAAACGGUCGGCCCUGGAGCCCCAGACACUGCUAUGCAGCGCGGCAACGCUACCGAGGAUGAUCGUCGCCUCGUAGGAUUUCCUAUUGAAGCCCAAAUGAGGCUACCGUCUUUCUCGUUCACGGAGCCUCAAGAUACACCACGGCUCACCAACUCCCACCAAGACACAAUGCCGGCUUUUAUUGAUCAUGCCAGCGGAUGCUUUCGCGAGCUUACUGGCGGGAACAGCCCCCGAGCUUCUGGGCCACAUCUUGACUUAUCUUUGUCCACGUGACCUUGCCAGUGUCGCCCAGAUAUGCAAACACGCCGCAGCCUUCCUCCGACCAGGAGCAGAUAACACACAUGCAAAAUAUGCGUGGAAGGCCGCUUUCCUCCAAGUCUUCGACCAUCCAAAGUACGCGUGGGAGAGGCUCCUGCCGACCGCCCGUGCAGAAAACGCCUCCCGCCACCCUGCCCUAUGGGAUUGGUUCCAUGAAACACAUCGACGAUACGCCGCAUACAACGCCUAUCGUGUGGCUUGCGACGCUGGUGGCGCAAAAUCUCUCGAGCAUCUUGAAAGUAUCAUCGUCACACUCCUAGAUAUUCACGAGACAGCAUCGUACACUGCCGUGACAGAAGACGACACCCCCUUGUCCUUGAACUUGGAAUUCCUGAGUGACCUCGUUGGCCGUGCGAGAGACUUCGACUUACUGGUUCACAACCCCUACGACGGUAUCGACGCCUUGGUCCUUCCGCCUGAGCGCUCCUCCAAGGGCUUUGUCAGUCAUUAUUCAUCCAACAUAAAUGCUGCCACACAUCAUUGCUAUGAAGGAGAGGACCAUGAGUAUCCUAGCCCAUCAAACACUUCACAAGAUGCUCCACCAUCACCUCGGAGUGCCAGUGUUCCCGAAUGGGCAAGCAAGUUUCACAUCUUUUCCGGUUCCACGGAGCGAGAACUCGGAUCGGUAGAAUUAAUUAACGCAGCAAGACGCAUUGUCUACGACUUCUCCGUCACUGGUCCAAGAGCAGAUUACGGACCCUUCCACCAAGAUGAUAGCGGUAGGAUCAAUUGGAAGCUCCUGGAAGCAAUAAGCUCGUUGAUGCAUCAUCACUUCGAGGCCCCACUACCGCCUCCGCGUAUACAACCAAUCGUUUUCCCACCUCGAUUCGAAGACAACAUUCCGCACAUGGUGUCUGUAGAUCCGUCUGCCACGGAAGUAGAAGACUGGGCAGGCAUCACCGGACCAUGGCUCGGAAACUACAGCGGCGUGAGCUUCAGCACCCUAGUCAAAUUCAACUCUAGCCUAGUCUCCGGGGCCCCCAUGCACUUGGGAAGAUGUCAGGACGUCGACGCUCCUUUUAUGAACUUGAAGCUACAGUCGUGCUCGCUGGAGGAUUCUAAGGAAAUGGCCAUGGAUCCAGUGCUCCAGCAAAAGCUACCUUACUGCACCGAUCUGCCAAUCCAGUACUUCCGCGGCACAUCAGAAGUUGUCAACAACGAACGCGCGAUAUCACGCGUCAAGGGAUUCGCAUGUCUAUGUCCAGGCGCUCGACAAGUGCGGUGGAAGUUCAUCUUCUGCUAUUUGCAAGUCCAAAGCCAAGAGUGGUCCGACCAGUGGCAACUCGAGGGCGUGCAGCCGGGCGGCGUACGCUCCGGCGGCAUCUACGGCAUGUGGAAACCCGUGUCGAACGGGCGGCAGCUCCAGGGUCCUUUCUUCAUCGGCCCUGCGGAGGUGUAUGAAGCCGAAGCAGGUGAGGCGGAAGAGGAUGACGAGGACGCCGAGAACGAGGCUGAUAAUGAAAGCAUCGACUCCGCCCAAUACACCGGUUGUACCACAAUGGUCAAUCCGCUGUUCACUUGAGUCGCAGGCGGCGGCUUGUCGGGACUCGACUUCCGUCUAGCACGAAUGAUCGACGUGGUUUAAUAUUUUCUGCUCUUUGGCGAUGUAAACACGAGUUACAAAAGGCAGAUGGCAUUAGGGUCAGCAGAUUGGGGAGGUUCUGGAUGGUGUAGAUGGACAGAUAAUGAUCGACACAACCGCUUUAGAACGACGCAAUACAAGGCUGUAUAUAAACAAGACACACUGAACUACGAGGUCUAAUAGACUCUGAGUCAAUCUCUUGAAACGCACUAUUGUAGGAACUAGACAGUGCAAAUCAAACAGAC